AUGCAUCAGGCAUCCAGUGAAUUACCAUCUGGAAUAGAAUGGAAUGAUAAGGGCACUGGGAGUGUGGAGGAUCGAAGAAUGGUUCAUUUUGGAGAAUCAAUGCCCCGAAGGGCUACGUGGCAUUGGGGGACGUUGUUACAAACAACUACUUGGAACCGUCCGAUGCAUUCACUUCCAAGUAUGCCUGCAUCAGAGAAGAUUUGGUGGGUUCUAGGCGUGUUAAAUUCCCGAUAUAUAUGGAAUGAUCAAGGUUCGGGAGCAAGAUUGGAUGGAUCAGUUUGGCAAGUUGAUGGCCCAGGUCUUGCAGGAUUCUUCAAAGUUGAGAAUGGCUACCAGAAACCAGCUCUACCAAUCUUCCUGCUGCCUGCCAUGCUAGUUCAAGAAAAGUGA